CUGUUUCAUAUGGGUCGUUGACUUUAACCGAAAGUGGGGCUAAGUCUCUUGCUGAUCCUUCCGAAUGGAAGCAUAGGAGUCCUACGUUGGACGUUACGGUUCCAUUGUCUCAGCCUGAUGCAUUGGAAGUGACGACCCAGAAGACCAGGACUUGGUCCAAAUUCCCACCGGUCUUCCCACUCUAGUCCUCUUUCUUCAGCCUCACCAUAGAUGGGUCAGGGACGUUUCUUCUCAGUGCGCAGAGUUUUGUAGUUUCCGAGGCUUCUUGCGACGAACCCUCCUCCUCCUGAAGUCGUACCGGGUCUUGUUCAGGACCUUCAGGCAUGGAUGUUUUCGACAUGAAGCAGAGGAGCAUUCUUGUCGGAACAGUACUUGUGGCCUCUGCUCUUACCAUCUUCGGGAUCUUGAUGUUGAGACAGCCAACCCUCAAUAGCCCCGGCCUAUCCACUUCUGGGAAUCGGGAGCACAAUUCCAAUAGUUCUCUCCCCACUCUUUCAAGGCAAGAGCAGCACGAAUCCGGGGUGACACAUGUUCUGGUAACUGGAGGCGCGGGGUAUAUAGGCUCUCAUGCUGCCUUACGCUUGUUAAAUGAUUCACAUCGAGUAACAAUAUUGGACAAUCUUUCACGUGGAAAUAUAGGUGCGGUCAAAGUUCUUGAGAAGCUAUUUCCGAAGCCUGGUCGUCUUCAAUUCAUUUAUGCAGACCUGGGAGAUCCAAGAGCAGUCAACAAAAUUUUUGCAGAGAAUGCAUUUGAUGCAGUCAUUCAUUUUGCAGCUGUAGCUUAUGUUGGGGAAAGCACGCUGGAUCCUCUUAGGUACUACCAUAAUAUCACAUCGAACACUUUGGUAGUGUUAGAGGCAAUGGCUUCCCAUGGUGUGAAGAGAUUGAUCUACUCAAGUACCUGCGCCACGUAUGGAGAGCCAAAGAAGAUGCCCAUCACUGAAGACACUCCUCAACUCCCCAUCAAUCCAUAUGGAAAAGCCAAAAAGAUGGCCGAAGAUAUUAUACGGGAUUUCUCCAAGAACUCUGACAUGGCUGUUGUGAUCCUGCGGUACUUUAAUGUCAUCGGAUCAGAUCCGGAAGGCAGAUUAGGUGAAGCUCCCCGACCGGAACUCCGUGAACAUGGUCGGAUAUCGGGUGCUUGUUUUGAUGCUGCCUCUGGCAUUACUACUGGGUUGAAGGUAAGAGGGACAGACUAUAACACUCCCGAUGGCACUUGCAUCAGGGAUUAUAUUGAUGUCAAUGACCUCAUCGACGCUCACGUGAAAGCUCUGGCCAAUGCCGAAUCUCGACAAGUGAAGACUUACAAUGUCGGCACAGGAAGAGGUAAAUCGGUGAAGGAGUUCGUUGAGGCAUGCAAAAUUGCGACUGGGGCCGACAUAAAAGUCAAAUAUCUAGAUCGUCGGCCAGGGGAUUAUGCCGAAGUUUACAGCGAUCCUUCAAAAAUAAGGCAGGAGCUGAAUUGGACAGCUCAGUAUACGGAUCUUCAGGAAAGCCUUAAGAUUGCAUGGAGAUGGCGGAAGUCGCAUACAAAUGGCUAUGGCCCUCCAACUGACGAACAUUGAAUGUGAGGAGGUCCUUAUAGUUGUGCAGUCAGAUUUGCUAUAAGAGGUUGCUCUCACAGCCACACUAAAUCUGCACACUCUUUACAUGUUCGAUGAUUGAUUAAAUUGCCUGAAAUUUAGAGAUCUCCAGGAGAGAUUGCAGAACCUGGUGGCAAGGCAGAAGAAUGGUCAUGAUUGACAUGGCUGCGGAUUAGUAACUUA